AUGCGAACAGGUAAUGUAAGUUCGCAUGCAAACCUUAUUAGCUGUCCUCCUAGUUGAGCGUUAAGAAAGUCAUUUCACUGCAGUUAGCUAAGGCCGCUUUGCGUUACCAACACGCUCGCGUUAGCUUCUGUCAUGCCCACCCUUCCACAAGGAACGUUAAAGGGCUGCGGCUGCGCAGCAUCGAUAGCCAGCGCUCGCGCGUCCACAGCCUUGCCUUCUUGUCCACAGCCACAAAGGCAUAGAAAGUCACCUACGGUAGUCAAUGCAGCUCCCGCAGCACUUUUAGCAUUACAGCCGGCGACACGGCCAUCGCGCUCUGGCCCCGUGUCAUUAGAACCUUGGCAGCCUGGCGACAAUGACCCCGGCCAAGACUUCUUUUUGCUCCCUGAUGGUAUGGUGACUCCUCCCCCUCAAGGCAUCUCUUCAGAUGGCCACGGGGCAGAAAUAGAAAGCCUUUCCUUGGAGCUGUCGCGGUUAAUGGCGGAGGUGGAACAGGUGGGUAGUCAUGCCCUCAACGCACGCCUCGCCGUCCAACCCCAUACCGCCCUUACUCCUGCGGUGCAUCCGACAUCUACUCUUAUGAGUUGCCCCAGUCCUAGUAGUCACGCACUUGCGCCGGCGUCUUGGCAUUUACAUUCGACCUCGCACCAUCAGAUCCCGAUUAACGCCUCCAACCGCCUUGUUGCACCUGCACUGCGGGCCCAUCACCAGCUCGUCCCUCCCUCAUCCCCUCUCCCAUCCCUCCUCCCCUCCAUACCCUUACCCUGCCCCAACCCAAAACCCGCACAGGAGCUGGACCCCUACCUGGACUCCCUAGCCCCCUCACCCUCACCCCUCCUCUCCAGCCCACCCCAGCCCCCGUCUCCACCUCAGCACCCCCUCUCCCCAGCCUCCACAUCCACCACCCCAUCCCACCUCCCACCACACCUCCACCCUCAAUCCCCGCACCCGGCACCUUCCUCCACCUCCUCGUCCACCUCCUUUCCGGGGCUGCCUCCAGAGCUAGAGCUCUCGGCAGCCAGCCCCCGGCUUCCCUCCGCAUCAGGCCCUCCUGGCUCAUCCGCAUCAACCUCCGCGCCCUCCUCCUUGUCAUCAUCAUCAUCAUCAUCAUCUUCACGGUUAGGGACAGGGUCAGGGACAGGCCUGGGACUGCGACUGACCUCAGCGCAGCCGCCCGCGGGGCUAUCCCUGCUGUUGCCUACACCUAGCCACAGCAGCAACAGCAGCAGCAGCAGCGGUAAAGGCUCAGCGGCGGGGCGCAGCGCUGCCGGCGACGCGGGGCCCGCGGGAGGAGGAGUGGGGCUGGGGUUGGGUCUGGAGGCGGGUUCGGGUCGGCGGGUGGCGCAGCGGCGGCGGCAGAACUGGCGUCGCACGGCGGUGGCGGCGACGGAGGCGGCUGACGCGGCGGCGGCGGCGGAGCCCAAGUACAAAACGUCGGGUCGGGACUCCAUGGCCAUGUUGUUGGGGACCUUCUCCAAGGACCGCAUGCUGACCGCGGAGGAGGAGCAGCGCCUGGCGGCCGCCGCGCAGGACUUCAUGCAGCUGCGCGAGCUGCGCAACGUGCUGCAGCGGCUGCUGCGGCGGCAGCCCACGCUGGGCGAGAUGGCGGAGACGCUGCGCUGCGAGGAGGAAACCCUCAGCGCGCGGCUGGAGGCGGGGAAUCACGCGCGCUCCGUCCUGGCUCAGAAGAACUACCGACUGGUGGUUGCACUGGCGCGACGUGCGGCUCGCGGGCUGCCGAGCUACCUGCAGAAUAACUCUGGC